AUGUUGUCAAUACUUUCUCUCACCCUGUGCGCUGCGAGCCUGGUACUGGCGUGCUCCGAUCACACAGAAUAUCAUCGCGCAAAGCGCCAGAUCGCCGAAAAGGAUUGGGCCUACGAAGCUUCAUACAAUUGGGGAAAAAUCAACCCAGGCAAGUACUACGAGCUCUGCCAAACAGGCACAAUGCAGUCCCCCAUCCCUCUCUUACUGACACAAGGUCUAUCUCUCAACCACCGUCCCACAUUCAACUUCCCCGAGACCACAAACGGCACGUUCCGCAACUGGGGCUACGGCCCGGGCUUCAACGUCUACACCGGUGCUGACAUCACCAAAAACCCUUCUGUCACCUUCGAGGAGAACAUCGAAGACCCCGGGACCGGUGCCCUGAGUUCUCGCAACGAAACGGCCUACCUCCUCGGCUGGCACAUUCACUCCCCGGCAGACCACAGUGUCGGUGGAGACCGGUCCAAAGCCGAGCUACACUUCGUCUUUGCCAAACCCGACGGCCACGAGCGCGCCGUCUUCGCCGUCCGAAUCGACCCCGGCAACUCCGAGUCUGCCUUUUUCGCGCAAUUGCCCAAUCCGCUCAUCUCGUGGCGCGAUGCGGCGACCGAGAAGUCGGGCGUGGAGAUGAACCUGAACCUGGCGCUGGAGGAGGCGAACACGUUCAAUGAGUUCUGGACGUACCGUGGGAGUCUGACUAGUCCGCCGUGUACGGAGGGGCUGCGGUGGUUUGUGGCGCGGAAUAUCCUGUUUGUCAGUAAUGCGCAGAUGCAGGAGAUUCUGAGGGUCAGCACGUAUUCUGCGAGGGCUGAGCAGGAGGUUUGGCUGCAUGCUGUCAAUGUGUGAGAUCAGGUCUGGACGGACGUUUCUGCUUUGUUGUCACUACUGGGCGGUUUGGUGAUGUUGGCGCUUUUCAGUUGGGUGGAUGGGUAGGCAAGUGGUUUCGGUGUGGGGUGUGCAGCAUUUUAAAGGUGAAAAAGCAUAGGUGUGGCCUUGUGACAUUAAUGUAUACUUCAGCGUCUUAAUCCAGAUCAUGAUGUUACCGGGCCUACUGGUCAUAGCAACAUAGGCCAUCUUACCAAGGUUGAAUACUACUACUGUUCAUGUCCAGC